UCUUACUCUCCAGUACAACACCUGCGCUUUAUUCUGUACACCUGCAUGUAUGAGUCAUAAGUUCAUCUUUAUAAUUUAAGUACAUAAAUAUCACUUCAUUUAUAAAUUAUAAAAAUACCUGACAUCAACUGAAUAAUUACAACUGAACACUCCAUGUUUUAAAUGAAUCCAAUAGAGUUCGAUGAUGAGAACAUAUCAGUGACUUUUAAUCCAUCAUUCCCACCUGUUUUGUAGAGUAAAGUGACAAAUGUGACAAGUGUCCUUUUCCCCACUGAUAAUGGUACGGAAGUGUUUUCAUGCAUCUGUACAUUUUGUGACUGAUAAGCCUGCUGGUGUAGCUGAUUCCUCAGGUUUUCUAGGACUCAGAUAAUCCAUAUUUGGGCCGACCGACACAGUUAAACAUAGAUAAAAACCUGGAGUCACACCUCACAUGCACAAGUCCACACAGAAGAUCAGAAGGUGAGUUGAGCUGCAGCAGAACCUGAAGCAGAGGUGUUCACUGUCUCUCUGUCUGCUCUCAGUUCAAACACUGUGUCUGUCCUCUGAGGAGAAGCUGCAGCUGAUUCCUGUCUGUGUCCUGCAGGUCUGUUGGGAUGGCUCGCAUGUCUGUGUUCAGGUUCUCAGCCCUGGCUCUGCUGCUCCUGUCUGCCUGCUGCUGGGCCGACAGCGAGGCAGAGGAGAACUCAGAGGAGCUGUCUGUCUCUGAGCUUCUGGAGAGAGCCAACAGCAAUCUGAUCCGCUCCGACGAUGGUCCCGUCCUGACUGAAGGAGACAUCGCUGUCAACAGCGAGGCAGAGAAAAACGCCGACCCCUGCACUAACCGAAGCUGCAAGUGGGGCAAGUGGACUGACGGGAAGGUCUACAUUCCUUACUACAUCGCCAGUCACUUCUCCUCCCGUGAGAAGGCCAUCAUCACCCGUGGACUGGAGUCCUUCUCCUCCUUCUCCUGCAUCCGCUUCAGGCCCAGCAGAAGCAGCGAUCGUGACUGGCUGAGCAUCGAGUCCAAGGACGGCUGCUACUCUUUUGUCGGCCGUCGUGGUGGGAAGCAGGUGGUGUCUCUGGCCCGUCGUGGAUGCCUUUACCACGGCACCGUCCAGCAUGAGCUGCUGCACGCUCUGGGAUUCAACCACGAACAAACCCGCUCUGACAGGGACAACCACAUCAAAGUCCUGCUGCAGAACGUUCAGUCUGGAAAGGAGCACAACUUCAACAAGAUCGCCACCCUGAACCAGGGCACUCCCUACGACUACAACUCUGUCAUGCAGUACCACAAGUAUGCCUUCUCUAAGAACAACCAGCCCACCAUGCUCCCCAUCCCUAACGCCAACGUGUCCUUUGGCAACGCCAAGGAGAUGAGCCGCAACGACAUCGCCAGGCUCAACACACUCUACCAGUGCUAGGAAGCCUGUCCAGAUGUUCUGAUGGACAGAGCAGAGGGAAUAUUGUCGACAUCAUCAUGGAUCAUCCAAUAAAGUUACACUGA